AUGUUCACAGGUAUCGUAGAACAUAUUGGAACAGUAGCUGAAUACAAGUCCUAUGACGAGACCUCAAGUGGAGGUGGUGGAGUAUCAGUUACCAUUAGCGAUGCAACGCCAGUGUUAAGCGAUUGUCACCUUGGUGAUUCGAUCGCCAUCAAUGGUAUAUGCCUUACAGUGACCGAAUUCGACUCAGACACCUUCAAAGUAGGCAUUUCACCUGAAACAAUUCGCAGAACGAAUGUUUCUUCGUGGCAGGCUGGAGCUAAAGUUAAUCUCGAAAGAGCUGUUUCUCAAGAUGUGAGAUUCGGGGGGCACUAUGUUCAAGGACACAUUGAUUGCGUUGCAAGAAUCGUGUCAAAGGAAAAGGAGGGAAACUCUAUCGUUUUCGGUUUCAAGUUACGAGACGCGACCUACGAAAAGUAUAUUGUGGAAAAAGGAUUUAUUUGCAUUGACGGGACUUCCUUAACUAUCACACAGGUUGACGAGAAUGGGAUUUUUUAUAUAAGCAUGAUCAAACAUACCCAAGAAAUGGUUGUAAUGCCUUUGAAAUCUAUUGGCGAAGAAGUUAAUAUCGAAGUUGAUCUUACCGGUAAGAUAAUCGAGAAGCAGGUGGUUCUUCAAUUACAAAACCAAAUCUCCAAUGAAAACUCUCCAUUGGGGAAGCUUAUUGAGAAGUUCGUAGAAGUCAAAGUGAAAGAAUUCCUCAAAAAUUGA